AUGAAUUCUGACUCCAGCUCUGUCUCCAGCAGAGCUUCCUCGCCAGACAUGGAUGAGAUCCACCACCAGGACAGCCGGCUCAACUCCGUCUCCUCCACCCAGAACGACCUGGUGCAGAAGAUGUCCGGGGAAGGCCUCUCCAGGAACGGCUCCAAGGCCGGAGGGGAAGGCAGCAAGUACAAAAUCAAGAAGCAGCUCUCGGAGCAGGACCUGCAGCAGCUGCGGCUGAAGUUGCGGGAGGUGAUGCCCUACGCCCACGGACCUUCCGUGAGAAAACUCUCCAAAAUCGCCACCCUCCUGCUAGCCAGAAACUAUAUCCUGAUGCUCACCAGCUCCCUGGAGGAGAUGAAGAGGCUGGUGGGGGAAAUCUACGGGGGG